AUAUGGGAUUUUGACUCGUCUGUCCUUCCCGAUAUUUGCUGGAAAGUAGUAGGUAGCAUCACCUGCUCAAAGAGUACGGUGGCGUUUGUGCAAAAAGAGCGGGAGGAAACAUUCUGCUCAUUUUUAUUAUACUUCUUUGUUCGAUGAGAGUCGCCGAAAUUUAAACAAGUGGUGAUUUUAUAUUUAAAUCUGUGUUAAUCAAUACAUGAUUUUGGACGCCUUGGUGUUAAUCUAAUAUUGCGCCUUGUUACGUUGUGUUUGAGCUUCGUGUUUCGUAAAUUCGGUAUCUGUACCUUUCGGGAACAACAACCAGCCAAGUGUGCUUUCUAUGCAAUAUCCCUUACAUCAAUAUCAAUGCUAAAAUUAGCUUUAGCAAAACGCUACUAGAAUUGGCCGGCGUAGAAUGUCCAAUGAACCUUUAUUAUCGCAAAUGAAGCCUUAUUUAUAAAACACAAUAGAUAGAUUCGUAUAACAACAAUAUUACGGGUUUAGUAAGCACCAUUUCGGUUUUCCCGCUUCAAAUUUAUUGUACGUUUUUCGGGAAUCCUUUGUUCCGAUCUUUUUUAAGUUCGUGGCAUGGUAAUAAGUUUAACUGUCUUUAUUUGUGGAACAAUCUUUAGUCAAUAAACUAUUUUGCACAUUUGUUUUAUUAAAAAAUUCGCAAAUGUUAUAAUAAUAAGAAUAAUAAUUUUUAUUGUCUAGCAACUCAACUAUAUUCACUCCAGCAACAAAAACUAAGACAAAAAACGUCAAUAUGAUUACAGAAGUCAUUCAAUAAUUUCAUCUACUGAUAGAGAGGAUCUUUAAUAAAAAAAUUGGGUCUUAGAUUUACCAGGUGAAAUACGGGUGAUGCCCUUACAGUCAGUCCUUGAAGGAACAUGAAAGUUCAGCUUGCUUAGCAACACAGGGCAAUCAAUCCACUAAUGAAUAAAAACUGAAAUGAAAGGUACCUCCUACGAUUCAAAAGUGAGGGAACCUUCUAAUCAUACAAAUACCAAAUUAAAUUUCUGAACCGGGAACAUUUUUUCCUCUCCUUAUUUAACUACAAUAUUUAAUUCACAAUAAAAAAAGUAAGACCGAAAACUUAAAAAAAAAUGGCAUCAAUGCAAUUUUUAACUGAGGAAAGUAAUAUAGGGCGUCUCGUUUUUAACCCCUCCCUGUUUUAUUUUGGUUAAUGUUAGUGUUUACCCCAGGAUUUUCCAAACUACGCCAAAUUGGAAAAUAAUGUUAUGUUUGCUUGUUAGUUUAAAAGAGGUAGAAUAUUAGGAUAGGUUUAACAACAAUGGCUCAAAGCAUAUUUUUGUUUUGUUUAUUUAUUUAUCAACGGGCACGCCCAAACGCCGCACGCCGCUAAACGUUCGAUUCACAUCAAAAAGAAUAAUUGUUAAGUAUAAUAGUAGAUAGAUAGAUAUGUAGAUAAUUAUCAUUAAUUACAAUUAUAAUAUGUGACUAUUAUCUAUCGCUCGAUUAUGUUAAUUACGAAGUUAUUUUAAGAAUUAUCCACAAACACCACAAUCCAGUUCAGUAGCCGAAUCUCGCUAAGCGAACUCCGCAGCACUUUAAGGAGUUUAAAGGAACCGUUUUCUGGCUAUGCUUUUCACUGCUGUUGUAUCAGCUUUUCCAAACACCUUGUAUAACGUAGUAGUAACCGUACACAUAAACAAAAACGCACGCAAUCGCCAAUUGAUAUGUGGAGUUCCUGUUAAAUGUCUGGCACUGGUCCAACCGAAGCCCGAAAUAACUUUCUUGUUGUCCAGAUCCUAAAAUUUCUGAUGUAUUUGUUUCCCAGAGCACAAGCACUCGAAUCAAUUUACGUUUUGCCACACCGAUUAUCACCGUAUUGAAGUGACGCAUGAGCAUUAAAAUGCACGGAUGUUCAAAUGGAUGUGAAGAUGACGAUUCGAGUCUUGAGGAUGGCUCGACCCUAAAGGAACAUAACGAAAUUUGGUCCGACAAUAUUUCCAAUCGGGCGGAGUCUACUUCGGAUUUAUCCACGACUUCCUCGGAACGAAAUUCUUAUAAAAAAGAUACUAGCUCGACGCGUUGCACCAACGAUUUCCAAUGGAUACGUAAAACUUCGUCACCGUUGACAACGCCGAGGAUUUCGCCGAACCCGUCUACUAAAAUGGAGGAGGAUCCUUACCACGAACAGGCUCCGCUGUGUAUUAAACCUCCCCUAUCACGCGCCGUACGCGAAAGAACUCCAAGGAGGAACAACGACGUUAAAAGCGGCGGUCCCGGCAGCCUCGAUAGACGAAGACAUUCUCACAAAAGAGAAGAACGUGAUCAAAAGUCCAAAUCUCAGCACGUGCAAAGUCCCCCGAGAUUGGACGAUUAUCAAAACGGUGGUUAUUGUUACCCUCCAGCCUAUGGACUCCACGACGGAUGUUUUGAAAACUUUCAUCGAAGACACGAAAGACUAGACCCCCAGAGGUACGGUAGCACUCCCAUGCUGUUAGACCACAGGCUUUCGGAGCGAGGUAGUCAUCCUGAUAUUUAUGGAGAUUGCACGAGGUUAAGACACGAAAUAUCUUGCUGCUCCUAUCACUUGGGUCCACCACCCUGCUGUUGUUUCGGCGAUAGGGGAUACCAUUGGACGCCACCUUCGUAUCCAAAGUCAGGGGAUCAGGAUGAAAAAUGUAGGAAGCUGCAAUAUGAACGGGACAAUCUCCAGCUGCAGGUGCAGGUACUUACGGAACAAAUCGAGGCACAGUCUGACAAAAUUGCGGAUUUGGAGAAAUCCCUUCAGGAAAAGAAGCAGGUCUUGGCCGACGCGGAAGAGAAGUUGCAAAGGGAAGUUCUUUCGCGAUCGUCGUUGGAGACCCAAAAACUGGAACUGAUGUCUAUCAUGAGCGAACUAAAGUUAAAUUCUGCAGCGUUGGAACGGGAAAAUAUGGAAUUACGAAACGGACAAUUCAAUAAUAAUUCAUCGGAUCUAAAGAGGCCACCGUUAGCUCCAAAACUUGUAUCUCAGCCUCAGCUAACAUCAACCCCUGUUCAUCAUUCUAGUCAGAUUUUGCGGGGUUCACCUUCCCCAAGCCCCAUAGGAACCUCUUCUAAUAGUCCCAGGAGGGUAGAUAUGGUACCUUCUUUCAUACAAGAACCCAAUCGGCCCAAGACACCACCAUCUACGUAUAAGAGGCAAAUAGACGUACAGUACGGAAGCUUACCGAGGCAACAGUUUUUAAGUAACGGAAGCGGUUCUAAUUUGAUCACAGAUUCGAACGCGAAUCCGCACAAGAAAGGAGUGGCUUUUGGUAGGACAACUGGGUUGAUAGGUGGUGGGGGUUAUCUGCCAGUCGCGGGGGGCAGGCUGAGGGGCUUCUCUGUACCCAAUCUAGCUGAAUCAGACAAAAUCGCUGCCGAUGAAUAUUCAAAAGAGAACUCUCCUGGAUCGCCAACGUUAUCGUUCAAUAAAAAUAAAGGCAUUAAAAAGAUUUUUGGAAAAAUGAAAAGAUCGGGGUCGGGAAAUCUUGAAGAUCUGCCCGCCGGUUUAGGAGAAUUCCAAAGAGGUGGGGUAAGGGCGACAGCAGCAGCCAGAUUAGGGUGGAGCGAACCCCAUUUGACACUAAAACCGGAUAAACCUUUUUCCGAGUGGGAUGGCGAGAAUAUAUGUGAUUGGUUGCAAGAUUUAGGUUUGGAUCAGUAUAUCCCUGAAGCGAAAAGAUGGGUCAAGUCAGGCCAGCAGCUGCAAGAAAGUCCUAUAAGUGAAAUAGAAAAGGAGCUCAACAUCAAAAAUCCAUUGCAUCGCAAAAAACUGCAGCUCGCUUUAAUAGACACGACAGAAAAUUCUUCUAGCGAUUUGUAUUUGGCGCAGGCAGGAAAACUUGAUACAGCUUGGGUUUUGAGGUGGCUCGACGACACGGGCUUGCCCCAGCACAAGGAAAGUUUUCUUAUCAACCGUGUGGAUGGGAGAGUGUUACAUAGACUGACAAUUGAUGACUUGGCCUUACUUCACGUUACUUCAUUGCUUCACGUAGCCAGUAUCAAAAGAGGCAUUCAAGUAUUGAGAGAGAAUAAUUAUGAACCGACCUGUUUGCAGAGAAGAUCGUUGCCCGACGAUCCGGAAAAACCCACGCCAAAGCAUGUGUCUUUGUGGACGACGCAUAGGGUUAUGGAAUGGUUAAGAGCAGUAGAUUUAGCAGAAUAUGCUCCAAAUCUACGUGGUGCGGGAGUUCACGGAGGUUUAAUGGUACUCGAACCAAAGUUCAAUGCAGAUUUGCUGGCAUCUUUACUAUCAAUUCCACCUGGCAAGACAUUGCUUAGAAGACAUCUGAAUACCCACUUCAAAGAACUAUUAGGAAAAGAUAUUAUUCAAGAAAAAAGAGAAACUGAAGCUACAAUGGGAUACACACCUCUUACUCCAUCAGCCAAAUUAAAGGUCACUAAAAAGACGCAGUUUUCGCUCAAGAGGAAAAAGAGCAAAGGAGAAGCCGAUUAUGGCGAUUUAGUGUGUCCAUUGAAUCCAGAGAAACAAUCAGGUGAUCUGAGUAGUUCAACUUUUAACAUGGGUACGACGAAGAUGAAGGGAAACCAAGAGGCAGAGGAUGCUUAUCCUCGCGCUGAGAAAACGUUGGCGUCAAGAUCGUUACCGACUUCGGUUCGAAAUUCGCCUGUAACAUUGAGACACGUCUGAACUUGUUCGGAAUAUAUUGAAAUAAAAUUAUUUUUAGGAUAUAUGCAUGUCUUCCCCCCGAUUUUAAAAACCAUUUACCUGCCUUAGUGAUUGUGAAUCCAAUUUUUAUAUAUUAAUAUAUGAGGAUUUGUAUUUUGGGUAUUAAUGCUGUUAGAAAAAUCACAAUAAGUAUUUUUUGUUACAAUGAUUCUCUAUAAGAUCAGUUUUUUAUACAAGUUAUACAAACGAAGUGGAUCUAACAUUUUUUAUUGUAAUUUAAGUAUUAAGAUGUUAAGGACAUCAGAUACCCCAAACUCAUAAGUAAAGUUAACAACCUUCCUGUGUGGUAUUGUUAUUAUUUUAUUUAUCCAAAAUUAUAAAUAUGAAAAAUGUGAGACUUCCAGGACAGGAAUAGUUUUAAAAGAAUGAAAAGAAAUACUACCAAUAUCAGUAUUUUUCUUACUGUAGGAAAAUAAGGAAGUAAAGUGGGGUAAAUAGUGUUUUAUUAUAAAUUCUGUGUUAUUUAUUUCAAACUUAAGAGUGAGUAGAUAUAUUUUUGAAAAUGAAAAUCCUGAACAUGAUUAAUUUACUGUAAGAUUGUAACUUUUGUAUCCUUAAAAAAGAAAUGAAAAAUUAUGUAGGAGUUUACCUAUUUGUUAAAUUUUAUCAAUAGUUUUUAUAAAGUAAAUUAAUAAAUAACUCAACUUAAAAUAUUUGUUAUACACAACUACUAAUAAUUACAAAACUAUAAAUAAUUACCUAGAUAUAGUCACACAACCACUACCAUCAGUCUUAGCUCUACCCACGACAAUCCUAGAACCUAUUUUGACAUACAUAUCCCAAUCUCUUUCUACACUGAAUUGAAACUCUGUAAAAUGAUUUUUUGCUUUGGCAUUUUUGGCAAAAGUACUCUCCUAAGCCAUUAUACAAAAUUACUAACAAAUCCAUUGUAAUUGGGAAAUGUGUCUAAAAAUAAGAUAAUAAUAAAUCAUAUUGACUGUUAUGUGCCAAUAAUUAAUAUUUCUGUAGAUUAUAUAUCAGUCUGUUAAUCAUAUGUUAUGAUAUUUUCUGCUGGACAAUGGCCUGUUUUAAAAGAUUGACCACUAAUUUAGUAGGGCAAUGUCAAGUGAGAAAACUAUCACCUAAUGUUACCAAAUAGCAAUUAUAGUAUUGUAGAUUUUUAGGUAAUUUUACAUUUUGACCAAAAAUUACAUGAGACCAUAUCUUAACUAUUGAAGUUUAGAGACGAAUGGUUACAUAAUUUACUUGAUGAUUAAAGGUUGUAGUUUUGUAGUUUCUAUACUAAUAUACAUAAUUAUAGGAAAUAAAUAUUCAUAUUUGCCUAUAAUAUUCAAAUAUGUUAAUUUUGUAUUAAUUGUACAUGUAUUAUAUCA